UUCUCUUCCUGCCCCAAUCCCACUGCUCUAGCUCUCCUGGGCUCAGGUGGGCACGGGGCUUUGCUCCCUGCAGGGCAGAGCUACGUUUGGGAAACAGCAGAAACUUGGUUUAGGAGGCAGGAGGCAGAAGGCUUUCCUGAGAGUGUUCCCAAAGGGAUUUGUGGGUGCUAGAAUGCUGAGGGACCAACUUCCCAUCCCUGUCCCCCUCCAUGGCCUCUGGAAUGGACCUGGAAAAUCCUGGUGUGGACAUUUCUGACCAUUUCUCCUCCCUGCAGGUAACAGGGGCUGAUGCAGCUACUUCCUGUACCUGUGCAUGUGGGAUUUCAUGAAUGCAGCCAGCAUGGUCUGGCAGUCAUCGAUCCCUGGGGACAUUGGCCACCAAUCCCUGGGGACACCGGUCAUUGAUCCCUGGGGACAUUGGCCAGCUUUGGCCUCUGCCUUGUCUGUGUUCAGGACUUGGCUGUGCCCCAGGAGGGGAAGAUGUGAGAGAAAACGCUGGAAAAGCAUUCCCUGUCAGGAAACAUCCUGUUCCUUACUGGAUACAUCCCACAGGGAAAAGCAUGGUGCUUUUACACAGGAACUCGCUCCUGGGAGUGCAGGCAGGGAGUUUCUAAGGACAAAAACUCAUGGAGCUCUAGAGAAGCUCCCAUGGGUGAUGUGACCCCACGGUCCCCAAGGUUUUGAGGCUCCCACCUCCUCCUGGGGCUCCUGUGCCCCACCUUCUCUGCACUCCGGCUGUUGUCGCCGGCUGGAUCAGAGCCUGGCUAAAUUUAGGAGGAUCGAUUUCAACGCCCGCCUCUGCCCUGCAGGGGAAAGGACGGAGCAAAGGUAGCCAGGSACAAAGAGCCACGGGGGGCUCCAGUCCCUGCCUCUGGACAGGCCUCCAGAACCCCAGAUUUUAUCCGUCUGCAAGGCCAUGGAUGAACCCAGGGAGGCUGGAAUUUUCCCGGGUCAUCCUAUGGGUCUCUCUGGCUGUCACUUGGGACAGAGCUUGUGACAAGGACACCCAUGUGUCCCACAGGGAAGGAGCUCCCUGCGCUGGGAGCCAGAUCGUUUCCUGAGGAGGCUGAUACAGGGGAGCUGCCGAAUGAAGCUGGGAGCUGCUGGUGGGUGAGAGAUCUCCCAGGCUCCGCAUGGAUGGGAAUGGGGAAACCUGCCCGCAGUAGGAGCCUGGGGCAGCUGGAAAACUCCAGCCUCUUCCUCCAAGCUGUCCUGCUCCUUCUCCUCUGCAGGCAUGUCUCUUCCCAGUGCAAGAUCCUUCGCUGCAACUCCGAGUACGUGGCGGCAACGCUGCACCUGCGCGGUCCYGGCCGCGGCGCCGCGUUCUGCACCGCGCUCCGCUCCUACUCSCUGUGCACCCGMCGCACCGCUCGCACCUGCCGCGGAGACCUGGCCUUCCACUCUGCCGUGCAUGGCAUCGAGGACCUCAUGAUCCAGAACAACUGCUCCAAGGAGGGGCCCACAGCCCCGGCCCGGCCCCGGCCCCCGGCCCCCAAUCCCCAGGGUUUUGAGUCGCUUGACAUCUGUGAUUACGAGCGGAGCUUCCUCUACAAGCACGGCCGCCCCCCUGGCUUCCAGCACUGCGCUGCCUUCGGGGACCCCCACAUCCGCACCUUCCACGAUGACUUCCACACGUGCCGGGUAGAGGGCUCCUGGCCACUCUUGGACAAUGACUACCUGUUUGUGCAAGCCACCAGUUCACCAGUGGCCAAGGGGUCCAACGCAACAGUCACCAGCAAGCUCACCAUCAUAUUCAAGAACAUGAAGGAAUGCAUUGACCAGAAGGUCUACCAGGCCGAGCUGGACAACGUCCCGGCAGCCUUCCAGGACGGCUCAGUGAACGGGGGCRCGCGUCCGGGCGGGAGCAGCCUGCUGAUCUGGGAGCGCAGCCCCGGCCGGCACGUGGAGAUCCGCGCUGACUACAUUGGCACCACCAUCGCUGUGCGCCAGGCUGGCCGCCAGCUCUCCUUCUCCAUUCGUGCUGCCGAGGAGGUGGCCCGGGCCUUCUCAGAGGAACAGGACCUGCAGCUGUGCGUGGGGGGCUGCCCCCACAGCCAGCGCCUGUCCCGCAGCCCCCGUGGGCACGGCCGUGUCCCUGCAGAGACAGCACGGGCACUCUGCCGGGAGAUGCUGCCCGUGGAGGAUGUCUACUUCCAGUCGUGUGUCUUCGAUGUGGUGACCUCGGGGGACGCCAACUUCACCAUGGCAGCACACGGGGCACUGGAGGAUGCCCGGCUCUUCCUGCCCGAUGCCGAGAAGCUCCACAUCUUCCAGGCCGGGGGAGGCUGCCCGCUCCUCUCUCCAUCCCUCCUCCUCCUCCUUCUCCCCUGUGGACUCUGGGCUGUUUUGUUGCACUUUUAACCUCUACCUGCUCUGUGGGAAACCCAUGAGAGCUGCUGGCUCCAAAUCUAUGGCUGCAGCCGGGAAAGGUGCCUCACCUUGGAGGAGGUGUCUCCACAGCCAUAAGGAAUCAGAGACCCUGGAGAGGGUCAUAAGGAGAGGGGAGAGAUGAAGAGACCUGGUUUGCACCCACUGGUCUCACACAGAUGGUGCAACUGUUCCCAGCUCCUCUCCUCAAGGCAGAUGCAAAUCUUUCUGUUCCAUUCUGACGUGUUCCUUUUUUCCCUAAGGAUGUGACAUUGCAGUGCAUCAAAGAAAAAUAAACCCUCUGGGGCCCUCUGUCCCUCGGACCGUUUUCAUGACUCACUUUCCACCUCUUUCCUGGUUUUAAUCCAGAGAAAUUCAACUCAGGAACCCUAUAGAUUCAGAAAUAAUGGACUCAAAGCCCAAAGCUCAAAUUUUAGCAGUAAGAAAUGGUUUCUAAUGGAUUUGGGGCCCUUCACUCAUUUGCUCCCAAAGCAGAGCAAGGCCACAAAUUUGUUUUGGGAGCGUUGUGACCAAAAGAGUGACUUUUGAGUAGAACUCAGCCGGUUUUCUCCAUAUGCUCCUCUUCCUGGAUAAAUAACAGGUCAAUCUCCAGCAGUGGGAGCUGUGGAGCUUCACGCCUCCUAUUUCCCAGGCCACUGUUGCUAUUUUUCCUUGUUUUCUUGGCACCUGUUGCGGACUCAAUUUAGCUGGGUCUGGACUUGGGACCAGUGUCAUGUUUCAGGGAGGACAAAACAACCCUUGGGAAUUCUCUCCCUUGGGCCGAGAUUCUCUGUCACUGCUCAAAUCCAACCCAAACUGGAGCCUUCACUUGGAAAAUAGAAUUUAUCGUGGCAAAGAGCCAGCUGGGCACACAGAUGGGCAGGCUAUUGCCCCAUGGAAGGUGUAGAACUGCAGAGGGGAGGGCAAAUUUCACAUAUUUCAGAGGACUUCAGUAAAGCAGAUGGAGUUCUACAGGAGAAAUUUUUUCCCACAGGGAAGACUUUAUUUAUAAUAAAGUAUUAAAAACUUGGCCAUCCCUGUCCUACAGAAUUGCAGGAAGGGCUUGCUGAGAUGGGGGAAAGGGAAUUACAGGCCCUCCAGGCAUGGAGGCUCUAUCAWGGGAGGUUCUAUAAUUCAUGUUUCAAUACAUCCAUGGGGUUUUCUCUCUAUUUAUUCUUUAAGGCCAAGAGCCCAAAGAGUAAAUAUGAAAAUAUUUCAUAGAUAUCAUGGCAAAUUCCCCAUUGAAGGGGCACUCGGAUCACACAGUGACAAGUGGGAGACCUGCUCCUUGUCUUUUACCGUGCUCCCAGUAAUCCCUGAUGGGU